UGCCCUAAUAACUUGGUAAGCCCAGGCUCCAAAGGCUCAGAAGUUUGUCUUCUUGAUAAGCCUGGGAAUGUUCUGAAAAAUGCUAUCCAGUGUUCAACACCCUCUUUUAAAAUAUGGCAGAGUAGAAAACUAGAUCCAAAGGCCUCACAACCUUACUCUCCAUUCUGGAAUCAAUUCUUUCAAAGGAACCAGUUCCCUCUUGUGUAAGUCUCUAAGACUUCUUGCUCUCUUCUUAGGCAAAGGUGGGCUCCAUACUCUGUUUGUUCAUAGAGAAGAAACAUUGUAAAUUUUGUGACACUUAAUAAAAGAUCAUAUUUUACCCAAUCUUCAUCUGAUGUCUAAAAAAUGUCAGACUCAAUAUGUUUCAAUGAUCAUAUUGUUCCUACAACUAAAGAACAUGUUAAAGCAGUUUAGUAUGGAAUAUUUCUAGUAUCUCUAACCAAGUGCCAUCAGCCAUUGGCUGGUGGUUUAGGAGACUUAGAAUGCCAGGAGUGGCCAUGGUUUUCCAGUACUUUACCCAUAGCGAAUCUUAACUGAGUUAGCUUUCAUAAAGACAGACAUUUAAAUUAUGAACAAAAAACUAGCCAGAUUCAAAGUAUAAAUUUGCUAAAGAUCAAGUCAUGGAAUAAUUCUAGAGAGGAUUUAAUGGCUCCACAAAGUAAAUAGUCCCUGGCCUUGAAGGACAGAUUUCUUGUAAGUAAAAGUUCGGGACUGAGAAUCAAACGUUCUAGGUGGAAGGUCAAGCUUGGUCACAGACUAUGUAUCUUGUCCUCUCUCACUCUCUGGUUUCUUACCCAUAAUGUGAGGAGCCAGGUGAGCUUGUCUGCCUUAUUCAUUGCUUGGUGCCACUCAUGUAACUGUGCUGGCAUAUACAAUUUCUCAACAAAUAUUUGUUGAAUGCAUGAAUAAAUCUCAGAGAGGCACUGAAUCACGGUGGUGAAACGUGUGGACUCUAGAAUUAGGAAGUCAUACUUCGAGUACCAGCACUAUCAGUCACUGGAUAUGUGACCGGGGAUAAGCUUCUGGAACCUCAACAAACCUGUUUCCUCCUCUGUGAAAUUGGGAUAAGAAUAAUAAUAUCAAAACUGUAUGUUUUUUAAAAGGUUAGCUCCAUGCAAACCUCAACAUUUAUUAAUUUUCUUUAUUCUCUGCUGUGAGGAGGACAGCCAAUGAACUUGAGCUCCAAGAGGAAACCUUGUGUGACUGGCUCUCCCCAGGCAUGAAUAAUUACUAGCCUAUGAUGAAGAAGAAGGUUUCCUCUCUGGAGCCUACAGACCUGUGCUUACAGCCCCUGGCGUCUUUUUCCCGCACAAGAGAUUUCCGGGUCAGGAUGAACAAAUACUUCUUGUUCCUCUUCCCCCUUUGCUGCCUCAUUGUGGCAGUGACAUCACUUCGGUGCAUAACAUGCCACCUUCGCACACGGACAGACCGCUGCAGAAGAGGCUUUGGUGCCUGUACUGCUCAGAAGGACGAGGCAUGCAUGCUCUUAAAGAUCUACCAGGGCAAUACUCUGCAGAUAUCAUACAUGGUGUGUCAGAAAUUCUGCAGAGACAUGACAUUUGAUCUCGGGAAUCGGACUUAUGUUCAUACAUGCUGCAACCACAAUUACUGUAACUUCCAACUCUAAGAUAUUUGCCCUCCUGAGGUCUCGUUUUGGAAUGUCCCCAAUGUUGCUCAUCCUUCACACUCUGAAGCCCUUGCUUUCCUUCCGUGUCUGUCCUGACAAUACCCCUGCCCUCUCAUUAACCUAAGAAGACUAAGCUAGUGUCAUCCUUUCUGGUGUCUUCAGCUUGGCUUCUCCCUCAGUCAGAGAAUAGUGGUUCUGAACAAUGGAUUUCUCCUGUUAUCGGGAAUAUUGGCAUUGCCAUACUCCAAGAAACCUGCCCCAAGAGUUCCUGUACAGUAAAAUUUAAAGCAGGGACAUUCUAGAAUCCUAAUUGGCUUAACUAGUUCAGGUACACCAGAAAGCCUUCAGCUAAAAAUUCACAACAUUUUUAUCUGAAAUUCCCAUGUGUCAGGAGAAUGAUUAAGCAGAAAUAGCAAUAAAAUGGAUGACAGAUACUGAAGAUUUUUCUCUAUGGACACCAAGUUAUUUCUACCAGCAGGCAGUGCCCACUUCAAACUCAGCCAUUGUGAUUUUCCUGGCAUUUACAAACUACAUCCUUACACUGUUAUUAGGAGAUAGCAAACAAGGGACUUCCUGGCCUCUGUGACGUUCACUGAGCUCUCACACAGCCGCUACUACUCCUAUCGAGAUGUACAUUCAAGGUGCAUCAUAACUCUCAUUUCUUCCCCUCCCAUUCCUAAACCUUCUCUCUUCCUUUCCUCCUUUGCCAUUCACCUUUACUAUCACCUCCCACCUCCAUUAUCACCUCCCCAUUGCGACACAAACUCUCCCUGUAGAAGCAGGAGGUCCUUUGAAGCUUUGCCCCAUGUGUCAGAUGACACCUGAGGCAUAUAACCUAGGGUGGGCUGCCUUUCAGGAUCCCUCAGCAAAAGGAGGCAAACAUAGUCAAAAUACCACCUACCCUAUACAGCUUUCUUGAGACUUGGGGGCCUGGCUCAAAGAGAUUUGUCUGUUGUUUGCUGCCCAUCUUUAAGUAAUAAACAGACUUCACAUAA